AUGUUACAUAGACAUGCAUCCAACAAGGAUCUCAAAUUGCUGACAGCUGCAUACCAAUGUAUCACGAUACCUCACAACAACAUUUACAAGCAACGAACCCCUCUAGGCAAUACUGUCCUGCACUUGGCUGCUGCCGAAGGCGAUAAUGAAAUGAUAGCAAGCGUGAUAGCUGUACGAGCUCCCCACCUUUUCACUGUCACUAACAACAAUUAUGAUACUGCACUCCAUGUUGCAGCAAGGGCAGGCCGCGCCUCUACCAUUCAAACCCUCCUUAAUUGCUUUUUCAGAUUCAUUCGGGGUAAAACCGAACGUCGAGGUGAUCGGUUCAUGUUGGACAAGCUGCUUAUGGUAUCACUCACCUUGUUUCGAAACAAACAAGGAAACACCUUCGUCCACGAGGUCUUCAUGGCCAAUGGUCAACACGGGGAUGAGAUUUUUCAAGCUUUCCAACAUUCUUUCAUGCAAGAUCUUUAUUCUAACCAGCAGCAUCCUUUCACCGAAGAUACUUCGACGAGGCUGACUUCAGGGGAUUGUUAA